AUGCCAGACUUCCGAUACACAGGCGACAUCAAUCCGACAGGGCCAAGAGGCCGUAGCAGCGGCGGCCUCUAUGAGAGACCCCCCACGAGAGUCUCGGUCCGCUUCGACCACGACCUCUACUCGGGUCCCGACUCCGGACUUGACAUCAGCCUCUCCCUCGACUCCAAACCCGAGUUGGCCCUCAGCAAGGCCCCCUGGCGCAGCAGGAGGGGGGGCAGGGCUCGUAUCCCAGACUUCGCGGAUGAGACACAGGCAACCGUGGACGCUCUCACUAUGCCUGCCUACGAGACACAGGAGGAGGUCAACGAGGGCGACGAGGAGGCGGUCAAGAAGGACGGAGAGGAUAAGGACCUAUAUCCAUUUGUAACUCGUGGGAAACAGGCCCGCCACACUAGCAUGUUUAAAAAAUUUCGAAUUUUUGAUUUCCAAGAGUCGAGUUCAUUUCAAUCUGCUUCUUAG